UGUCGGCAUUAAAUUUCGGAAUACUCGUGAAAAACAAACAGAACAAGAGGCUGCUGUAGUCGCGCGGUCUUUAGUGUCAGAGACUGGAAUCGGAACUUUAGUAACUGUAAUGAACAAAUUUGCAAAGGAAGAGUUGCAAG